UUUAGUUUCUCGUAAAUGUCAUCUUUAUUGAUUAAAUUGUUAAAAAAUAACAUAUCGAGCAGACAAGGCUGGACUCCUAAGAAAAUGUUCGAGAAAGCUGACGAAUUCUUCCAAUCUAUGGGAAUGGAUCCUAUGCCACAAAAGUUCUGGGAAGGAAGUAUUCUAGAGAAACCUGAGGAUGGAAGAGAGCUCACUUGUCAUGCUUCAGCCUGGGACUUCUACGAUGGAGAGGACUUCAGGAUAAAACAAUGUACUCGAGUGAACCAAGAGGAUUUUAUUACAGUAAAUCAUGAGAUGGGGCAUAUUCAAUACUUUUUACAAUAUAAGACCCAACCUCAUCUAUACAGACAAGGAGCUAACCCAGGGUUCCACGAGGGGGUGGCUGAUAUCCUCUCUCUUUCAGUUGGUACUGCCACAUAUUUCAAACGAAUCGGGCUUUUAGCAGAGUCUGUUGAUAUAGAGUCCCUGUAUUUGGGUAAUGGGUAUUACUGUAAAGGUUACCAGUCCCUGUAUUUGGGUAAUGGAUGGGAUGUUUUCUCUGGAGAAACUACUGUUGAGAACAUGAACUGCCAUUGGUGGAAACUCAGACACGAAAUACAAGGACUGACUCCUCCUAAUAAGCGAAGUUAUGAAGAUUUCGAUGCUGGAUCUAAGUACCAUGUAGCCAAUGAUGUUCCAUAUGUCAGAUAUUUCACGGCAUUUGUUUAUGAAUUCCAGUUCUACCGAGCACUUUGUCUUAAAUCAGGAAAAUAUGUACCUGGGGACCCUAAGCUUCCCCUUCACAGAUGCAACUUCUAUGGUUCAAGAGAGGCGGGAGACAGUUUAAGAGAAAUGUUGAAACUAGGAUCAUCUAGGCCGUGGAAGGAAGCUAUGUUGACCCUGACAGGGCAACCGGAUAUGAAUACGGACGCACUCAGAGAAUAUUUCCUUCCGCUUGAAAACUUUUUAAAGAAGGAAAACAGAAAAAAUAAUGUUCAGGUUGGAUGGGGAAGGUUUAAUGUAAACUCUGUGUGUAAGGAAGCUCCAGUACAGAAGAAUACAAAAGGAAAUUUUGAAUUUAGAAACUCAGCUACAGAUACAAAGAAGAAAGUAAGGAAGGAAGACCCCUCAUUUUGGAAAAACCCGAAGUUGUCAAUCUUUGGAAGAAAAUCCGUAAUUAAUGGAUUGUUAUAUAAGUCUGGGGGGAUUUAUUUUUAUCCAUUAUUUUUGUAAUUGCUUUCUAAUAAAUCAUUUGCAAUCCAAA